AUGAUCAUUGGACUUUCCCCACAACUUCUACUGCUCAACUCCAGAAAGUCAACCAUCGCCCACUGCAACGACCACUGCAUCCGUUCCUUCUCUUCAGAAACCACACCCUCCCCCCCCCUCCCAGAACGCAAAUACCGCUCGAACGACAACGUCCAGCUCCUUAUUCGACAAGGACCGAUGGACGGCCAGCAACAACAGCUGGAGACUGGUCCUUUCCUUGUUAUAACGCGGAACAGACGUCCCUUGUCGGCUACGGGGUCAAGCACGUUAAUAUGCCUACCGGAUCUGGCGCCUCCGAUCGUCGAUGGUUUCGACGGCUUGCACUCGGAUAACCGACAGGGUGGCGUCAAGCCCCAGAUCAAGUCACUGAUAGCGAUCUACCUCGCCGUGGGGGAACCGGAUGUGGUUGGCUCCCUAAUCGUGUACAAUUUCUGCGCAUACGACGAGUGCGUGGUACUAGAUGAGAAGCGCGCCUCCCUGGCCGACCGCCGUGAAAUUCUUCAUCUCUCGGAUGACUGA